AUGGGACCCGGCCGGACAAGGGGUGCGCCGCUGCUGCCGCUGCCGCCGCGGCUGGUGUUAGCGCUCGGUCAAGGCAUUUUGAGUUGUUGUUUGGCAUACAAUGUUGGUCUCCCAGAAGCAAAAAUAUUUUCUGGUCCUUCAAGUGAACAGUUUGGCUAUGCGGUACAGCAGUUCAUAAAUCCAAAAGGCAACUGGUUACUGGUUGGUUCACCGUGGAGUGGCUUUCCUGAGAACCGAAUGGGAGAUGUGUAUAAAUGUCCUGUUGACUUAUCCACUGCUACGUGUGAAAAACUGAAUUUGCAAACUUCUACAAGCAUUCCAAAUGUCACAGAGAUGAAAACCAACAUGAGCCUGGGCUUGACCCUCACAAGGAACGUGGGAACCGGAGGGUUUCUCACGUGUGGUCCUCUGUGGGCACAGCAGUGUGGAAGUCAGUAUUACACGACUGGGGUUUGUUCUGACGUCAGUCCCGAUUUUCAGCUCCUGGCCAGCUUUUCACCUGCAGUUCAGACCUGCCCUUCCCUCAUAGAUGUUGUGGUUGUAUGCGAUGAAUCAAACAGCAUUUAUCCCUGGGAAGCAGUAAAGAAUUUUUUGGAAAAAUUUGUACAAGGCCUAGAUAUAGGCCCCACAAAGACACAGGUGGGAUUAAUUCAAUAUGCCAAUGAGCCAAGAGUUGUGUUUAACUUGAACACUUUUAAAACCAAAGAUGAAAUGACCAUAGCAACAUCCCAGACAUUCCAACAUGGUGGGGACCUCACAAACACAUUCAAAGCAAUUCAAUUUGCAAGAGAUUACGCUUAUUCAGCAGCUUCUGGUGGGCGACCAAGUGCUACCAAAGUCAUGGUUGUUGUAACUGAUGGUGAAUCACAUGAUGGGUCAAUGUUGAAAGCUGUGAUUGAUCAGUGCAACAAGGAUAAUAUACUGAGGUUUGGCAUAGCAGUUCUUGGGUACUUAAACAGGAAUGCCCUUGAUACUAAAAAUUUAAUAAAAGAAAUCAAAGCAAUUGCUAGUAUUCCAACAGAAAGGUACUUUUUCAAUGUGUCUGAUGAAGCUGCUCUACUAGAAAAGGCUGGGACUUUAGGAGAACAAAUUUUCAGCAUUGAAGGUACUGUUCAAGGAGGAGACAACUUCCAGAUGGAAAUGUCACAAGUAGGAUUCAGCGCAGAUUACUCUCCUCAAAAUGAUAUUCUGAUGCUGGGUGCAGUGGGAGCUUUUGGCUGGAGUGGGACUCUUGUGCAGGAGACAUCUCAUGGACAUUUGACCUUUCCUAAACAAGCCUUUGACCAAAUUCUGCAAGAUAGAAAUCACAGUUCAUAUUUAGGUUAUUCCGUGGCUGCAAUUUCUACCGGAAAAAGUGUCCACUUUGUUGCUGGUGCUCCUCGGGCAAAUUAUACAGGCCAGAUAGUGUUAUACAGUGUUAACGAGAAUGGCAAUGUCACAGUUAUUCAGUCUCACAGAGGUGACCAGAUUGGCUCCUAUUUUGGUAGUGUGCUGUGUUCAGUUGAUGUGGAUAAGGACACCAUUACAGAUGUGCUCUUGGUAGGUGCACCAAUGUAUAUGAAUGACCUAAAGAAGGAGGAAGGAAGAGUCUACCUGUUUACUCUCACAAAGGGCCUGUUGAGUCAGCACCAUUUUCUUGAAGGCCCCGACAGCAUUGAAAAUGCUCGGUUUGGCUCAGCGAUUGCAGCUCUUUCUGACAUCAACAUGGACGGCUUUAAUGAUGUGAUUGUUGGUUCACCGUUAGAAAAUCAGAACUCUGGAGCUGUGUACGUUUACAAUGGUCAUCAAGACACCAUUCGCAUGAAGUAUUCCCAGAAAAUCUUGGGAUCCGAUGGAGCCUUUAGGAGCCAUCUUCAGUACUUUGGGAGAUCCUUGGAUGGCUAUGGAGACUUAAAUGGGGAUUCCAUCACCGAUGUGUCCAUUGGUGCCUUCGGACAAGUGGUUCAACUCUGGUCACAAAGUAUUGCUGAUGUGGCUGUAGAAGCUUCAUUCACACCAGAAAAAAUCACUUUGUUCAACAAGAACGCUCAGAUAAUCCUCAAACUCUGUUUAAGCGCAAAAUUUAGACCUACUAGGCAAAACAAUCAAGUGGCCAUUGUGUAUAACAUCACACUUGAUGCAGAUGGAUUUUCAUCCAGAGUAACCUCAAGGGGUUUGUUUAAAGAAAACAAUGAAAGGUACCUGAAGAAGAAUAUGAUAGUAAAUCAAGCACAGAGUUGCUCUGAGCACAUCAUUCACAUACAGAAGCCCUCUGAUGUUGUCAACCCUUUGGAUCUGCGUGUGGACAUCAGCCUGGAAAACCCUGGCACCAGCCCUGCCCUUGAAGCCUAUUCUGAUACUGCCAAGGCCUUCAGCAUCCCUUUCCAUAAAGACUGUGGUGAUGAUGGACUUUGCAUCUCUGAUCUAGUUCUAAGUGUCCAACAGCUGCCACCUGCUCAAGAACAACCCUUUAUUGUCAGCAAUCAAAACAAAAGGUUAACAUUUUCAGUAACACUGAAAAACAAAAGGGAAAGUGCAUACAACACUGGAAUUGUUGUUGACUUUUCAGAAAACUUGUUUUUUGCUUCAUUUUCCAUGCCGAUUGAUGGCACAGAAGUCACAUGCCAGGUUGCUUCAUCUCAGAAGUCUGUUACCUGCGAUGUAGGCUACCCUGCUUUAAAGAGAGAACAGCAGGUGACUUUUACUAUUAACUUCGACUUCAAUCUUCAAAACCUUCAAAAUCAGGCAUCUCUCAGUUUCCAAGCCUUAAGUGAAAGCCAGGAAGAAAACAAAGCAGAUAAUUUGGUCAACCUCAAAAUUCCUCUUCUGUAUGAUGCCGAAAUUCACUUAACAAGAUCCACCAACAUAAAUUUUUAUGAAGUCUCCUCGGAUGGGAAUGUUCCUUCUAUUGUGCACAAUUUUGAAGAUAUUGGUCCAAAAUUCAUCUUCUCCCUUAAGGUAACAACAGGAAGCAUUCCAGUAAGCAUGGCAUCUGUAAUCAUUCGCAUCCCUGAAUACACCAAAGAAAAGAAUCCACUGAUGUACCUGACUGGGGUGCACACAGACCAGGCUGGUGACAUCAGUUGUAAUGCAGAUAUAAAUCCACUGAAAAUAGGACAGACAUCUUCUUCUGUGUCUUUCAAGAGUGAAAAUUUCCGGCACAUAAAAGAACUGAACUGCAGAACUGCUUCCUGUAGUAAUGUUACCUGCUGGCUGAAAGACCUUGACGUGAAAGGAGAAUACUUCAUUAAUGUGUCUACCAGAAUCUGGAACAGGACUUUUGCGGCAUCGACUUUCCAGACAGUACAGCUGAUAGCAGCUGCAGAGAUUGACACCUAUAACCCUCAGAUAUACGUGAUCGAAGAAAACACCGUUACGAUUCCUCUUACAAUAAUGAAGCCCGAUGAGAAAGCCGAAGUACCAACAGGAGUUAUAGUAGGAAGUGUAAUCGCUGGAAUCCUUUUGCUGUUAGCUCUGGUUGCAAUUUUAUGGAAGCUGGGCUUUUUCAAAAGAAAAUAUGAAAAAAUGACCAAAAAUCCAGAUGAGAUUGAUGAGACCACAGAACUCAACAGCUGA